CAAUUUUGAUCUCGUACUCUUCUCGUCAAACAGGCCUCAUUCCAUUCACAUCGUCAAAUAAGGCUCACCAUGCUCGCUGCCAAAAACUGCCUUAAUAAAUCCCUCAGAGCUUUACGUCCACUAACGGAGAGAUCAGCUUCUCCCGUGAUCGCUCGUUCGGCUCGCGCUUCCCCGCUCCUUCGUUCAAGGGCAACAUCCGCAAGAACGUUUGUUACGUCCCUUCCUCGUCAAUCCCAACCUCUUCCACCACCCCCAACAUCAACGCUUUCGCACGACGAGUACGAACAUGUUUCUGAGCGAGAUAUGGAGACGUUAAAUGAAAGUCUGGAGAUUUUCUGCGAAGAUUUCGGGAAUGGGAACUGGGAGAUUGAGUAUUCUUCUGGCGUCCUCAACCUUACCCUUCCCCCAUACGGCACGUAUGUCCUCAACAAACAACCACCCAACCUUCAAAUUUGGAUGUCGUCUCCAGUCUCCGGUCCUUCACGUUUUGAAUACAUCAACGGCAGCUGGGUGCAUCACCGCAAAGAAGGUGUCAAGCUGGGAGAAUUAUUGAGCGGGGAGCUGAAAGAGAUCUUGGAGAAGAGCGGUAAUGAAGCGGCUGCUGGGGUUUGGGAGGGUGUCGGCUUACCAUAGAUGGUUCAUGAGAGCUUUGCAUAUCUGUACGUACGAGUGGUUGAUCGAGUUUCAGAUGAUGGUGUUGCAUGCUCAAAGGACAAAUGCCACUACGGCGGCUGGCUAUGGACCUAAAACCAACUCGUAAUACGCACGAUACACAGUGGGAAAUAGAGAGUCACAGCCUACUAUACAGCAGGGCACAUAAUAGGGGAUAUAAAAAGUGAUCAAACCCAAAACCGAAUGAAGAAAAACACGGAAACCCGGCAGAUACAGUAAUAGAGAAAUCGAACGUCCGCCCCAUACAACGCACCAAACCUCGUCAAAUCGUG